CCGCUCUUCCCAGCUGCCGUAUUUGAAAAAAGUAAGCAAACGUAGCAAAUAAAAAUUGUAAACACAGCUAAAGGUUGAGCUGCCCUUCUUCUACUUCUACAAAGUAGAGUAGUUUCCUGUCCGUCGGCAGAGACAAAGUGAAGACGACAAGGAUAUAGCAUCAGAUUGAUGGAGAAGAAUGGCCCGAAUCUCGUUGGACUGCCCCAGCUCUUUACCAGGGAUCCCCCUCAGUGUGCUUUCAGUGCCCAUGGAGAAUAAGUACAAAUGUCAGCAGUGUCUCCAGGUCCUGAGGAAGCCUGUCCAGGCUCAGUGCGGCCACCGCUUCUGUGUACACUGCUUCAAGCAGCUCACCAGUUCUGGGCCAAAGCCUUGUGAAGCCUGCCGCCAAGAGGAGAUAUACGAGGAGCCUAUUUCCAUUCUAAAUAGUAAUGAGGCAUUUCCAGACAAUGCAGCCGGUCGAGAAAUAGCAAGUCUGCCUGCCAGGUGUUUGAACCAGGGCUGUGAUUGGACCGGCUCAAUAAAAGAGUACGAGGCUCAGCAUGAAGGUCGCUGUGACUUUGAGCGGAUACAGUGCGAGGCCUGCAAAACCUCCGUCCUUCGUACGGAGAAGGACAGACAUAAUGAGAGGGAGUGUGAAGCGAGAACGCUCAACUGUAAAUACUGCAAAAUGACCUUCAACUUUAAAGACAUCAAGGCCCAUGAUGAGAUCUGUCUGAAGUUUCCUUUACAAUGCAAGGACUGUGGCAAGAAGAAGAUCCCAAGAGAAAAGUUCAAUGACCACAGCAAAUCCUGUGCCAAGUCAAAGAGUGCCUGUCCAUUCAGUGAUGUGGGCUGUAAACAUGUGAUAGAGAACGGGAAGCUCGGCGAUCAUGAGCACAGCAGCACCAUGGAGCACUUGCGUCUGCUGCUGCCCAUGGUGUUGUCCGUGGCUCCUGGUUCUUCUCAGGGAGAGUGGCAGGAGGACUCUGGUCUGGGCCUGUACAGGGCUCCUGAGGAGGGAGUCCCUAUGGGCACUGGAGCUGCAGCCUCCAUGCAGUCUGUGGACGUGGACAAAAAGGUGAACGCUUUAGAAAACAUUGUGUGUGUCCUGAACCGAGAGGUGGAGCGCAGUUCAGUUACGUUGGAGGCUUUCGCACAUCAGCAUCGUUUAGACCAGGAAAAAAUCGAAAACCUCUCCAAUAAAGUGCGUCAGCUGGAGCGGACGGUCAACAUGAGAGACUUGCAGCUGUCUGAAACUGACCAGCUGGUGCGAGAACUCCAGUUCUGCACCUUCGACGGGAUAUUUGUGUGGAAAAUCUCUGAAUUCUCACGCCGCAGACAGGACGCUGUGGCCGGUCGAACACCUGCAAUGUUCUCACCAGCGUUUUACUCCAGCAAAUACGGCUACAAAAUGUGCCUGAGGCUGUAUUUGAACGGCGACGGGACGGGUCGAGGAACACACCUCUCGCUGUUCUUUGUCGUCAUGAGGGGAAAGUGUGACGCUCUGCUCAAAUGGCCGUUCAGUCAGAAGGUGACUCUAAUGCUCUUGGAUCAGAACAACAGGGAGCACAUUAUCGAUGCUUUCCGCCCUGAUGUCACCUCCACCUCUUUUCAGAGGCCGAUCAGUGAGAUGAACAUCGCCAGUGGCUGCCCGCUCUUCUGUCCUCUAGCUAAACUGGCUGGCAAGAGCCCGUAUCUGAGAGAUGAUACCAUUUUCAUCAAAGCCAUUGUAGACCUCACAGGCUUGUAGGGUGAAGCCUGUGGAAGGUCAACCAAAGCAUGUCAACAAGAACACAAUUAUUACUAUAUAAUAUCAUAUAGAUAUUAAUGAAUUAUUAAUAUGUAAGAUAAUUUAUUAUAUAUGUGAAUAUGAUAUUGUAUCAUAUCUACACUGUACAUUAAUGUCAUCAGGUAUCACAUUAUGACAGAUGUAGAGGGGUGUGUAUUAACAAUCAUGGUAGUGGAUCUGUAAUGGUUAUAGAAAUCCAUCCAAUUAAACUGAUUUAUAAGGGCCAACAUAUGGAGGCACUGCUGUAUUAUACCCAUGCUUUAUAGAAGUUAAGCUAUAUCUGUUAUUGUAUAUUUAAGACUUUUGGCAGUACUUGUAUCACAUAAAAAGUUCGUAAUUCAGUAUAAAGCUGCAAGUGAUGAGGUCAAGUGCUUAAAACGUUAAAGGAGCAGUGUGUAGGAUCUGGCGGUAUCUAGCGGUGAGGUUGCAGAUUGCAACCAACUAAUGCCUCUCCCCGUGUGCCAAGCGUGUAGGAGAACUACGGUGGCCAACGCAAAAACGCAAAUGGCCCUAUCUACAGCCAGUUAUUGUAAGAGUAAAGUGCUUAAAGUGUGUGUGGGAAGUGAGUUGUGAAGCAAGAGAGAGAGAGAGAGAGAGAGAGAGGCGGCAGCUAGUAACGAUAUAGACUCCAGCCCAAGCAAGAAAAGUUAAGUGUGUGGUUUGUCCGUGCUGGGCUACAGUAGAAACAUGGCGAUGCAGUAAUGGCGGACUACAUGGAAACGACCUGCUCCCUAUGUAGAUAUGAAGGGCUCAUUCAAAGCUAACAAAAACACGAUUCUUAGUUUCAGGUGAUUUAUAAACUAAUGUAAACAUAGUUUUGAAUAUUAUAUUCCAUUUCUGCCAAUAGAUCCCCCGAAAUGUUACACACUGUUCCUUUAAGUGCUGCUGAGUUAAAUAUCUCUUUCAUGAUAAGAGGUCUGAAAUCAUCUGUCAUUUUAAUGUGACCCUGUUGGCAUUCAAAUGAAAGCAUAGAACUAACUAAAUCUUAUAACAAAUAUUUGUAUGAAAUACCUUGUUAAUAGUAUAUACUAUAAUAUAAUAAUUAGAAUACUCCGCUCUGCAUUAUGUGGUUCUUCUCACCCAGGCUAAACACUGUCCCCGACAGAAGUUGAAGUGUCCCUUUCAUAGUUUACAUCAAAACUUCUACAGUUAUUUUUUAAAAUUCUAUAUAAUUGGAUGCAUUCAAAUCCCAAUGAAUAUGACAUGUCCUGUCCAUAAAUUAACAAAGAUUAUUAAUAAUAAUAAUAAUAAUAAUAAUAAUAAUAAUAAUAAUCAAAAAAGUUUAAAUUCCACGAUUUUUCGCAAAUUGCAAAAACAUGCAAAAACUUGCGAGACUCACUGCCUGACGACCUAUCCUAACCGUAACUAUUCAAGGUCAAUGCCUAACCUUAACCAUCUUACGAGAGUUUCGCAGUUUGCGCGUUACCUUCUAGCCAUGACCCGACGACGCCGAACACAAGUCAUGUGCUCUGCUCUGAUUGGCUUGCAUCUGGUCGUGUCUAGAAGGUAACCCACAAUUUGAGAAACUCUCGCGAGAUGGUUCAGGUUAGGAUAGGUUGUCGGGCAGGUUGUCGGGCACCGAGUCUCGUGAGAGGUUUUGUAUGUUUUUUUCAAGUUUUUGGCGGGUUACCUUUUAGACACAACCUUUGGGGAGCUGUCAUGUCGUCCAUCUUUAUAUACAGUCAAUGGGUUGAACAACAAAAUGCAAUUUGUAGUCCCUCUAUGCUACACAAGAAAAGCUUUUUUUAUGGCUGAGUACGGAGGAUGAGUUGAGGUGUCUUACAGCCUGGGCAACCAAUGAUGUUCUGAGCGGUUUUAAUAUAUAAUUAAUAGCAUAGCAAGUAUAUAUCAUAAAAUAUACCUUCGUAUUUAGCACAAAUCCCUGCUAGUGCUAUUAGCUACUAUUAGCUACAUACUGUACUAUAAAUUAUAUUCACUGUAUAAUCACCAUAAUCAGAUAUAUUUUCUUUGAACAUGUAAUUAAAAUUAAACCAAAAUCUUUGAAUGUAAUCACAUGUUAUUUAAGUGUUACUAUAGAUUAUAUAUACAGUAAUUCUUCGUAGGAGAAUUUUUUGUUUUUACUAAAUACUGUAAUUUAAGGGUGGAUAAAUGUAAACUUUUCUGAUUAUAAUAAAGUACUACAGUGAAUGAAUUUAAGAUUAUUCUUUUUUGUCUAAUGUUUUUUUUUAUGCAUUUUUAAUUCAGCGUGUGAUGCCAUGUUCACUGCUAUUUAGGAACAUACCAUAUAUCCGUUGUGAAGAAAUACAUACUGUAUACAGAGCUGAAAAGAUAAGUCAAUUAAAAGAAAAUUGUGAUAGAAAA